GUCUGGCCCCGCCUCUUCCGUGACGUCGCCGGCGGGCGUCCGUUUGGGCCCCAUCCUGCUCGCCGUCCCUCCCUCCCUCCCUCCUGCGCAGUCGCAGUUCGAGAAGAGGCGGCGGGAGCGCGCGCGCGUGCGUGUGCGUGCGCCCAACAAGGAAGGGGCUCUCAGCGCCGUUUCCGCGGGGGCUUUUUGUCCUCCUCCGGCUUGCCGUCGCCUCGCGCCUCCCUCCCUCCCGCCAUGGAGUGCCCGCACUUGGGAGCCAGCGUCUGCGUGGCGCCCGCCGCCGCCGCCUUCCCCCCGGGCUCGCCCUCCGCCUGGUGCUGCAGCGUGUGCCGGUCCAACAAAAGUCCUUGGAUCUGCCUCACUUGCUCGAAUGUCCACUGCGGAAGAUACGUCAAUGGCCACGCAAAGAAACAUUACGAGGAUGCCCAGGUUUCGGUCCCCAAUCACAAGAAGAUGGAAAAGCAGGAGAAAGUCCAACACACGGUGUGCAUGGAUUGCAGUAGUUACAGCACAUACUGUUACCGGUGUGACGACUUUGUGGUCAAUGACACCAAGUUCGGCCUGGUGCAGAAAGUCCGGGAGCUGCUACAAAAUUUGGAAAACUCAGCUUUCACGGCAGACCGGCACAGGAAGAGGAAACUCCUGGAAAACUCUUCUCUCAACAGCAAAUUGUUAAAAAUAAAUGGGAGCACUGCCGCCGCUCUGUGCGCCACCGGCCUCCGGAACCUGGGAAACACCUGCUUCAUGAACGCCAUCCUCCAGUCACUCAGCAACAUCCAGCAGUUUUGCUGCUACUUCAAGGAGCUGCCGGCGGUGGAGCUGCGGAACGGGAAGACGGCCGGGCGGAGGACCUACCACACCCGCAGCCAAGGCGACAACGGCAUCUCCUUGGUGGAAGAGUUCCGGAAGACGCUGUGCGCCCUGUGGCAGGGCAGCCAGGCCGCCUUCAGCCCCGAGUCGCUCUUCUACGUCGUCUGGAAGAUCAUGCCUAACUUCCGGGGCUACCAGCAGCAGGACGCCCACGAGUUCAUGCGCUACCUGCUGGACCACCUGCACCGGGAGCUGCAGGGCGGCUUCAACGGCGUCUCCCGCUCCUCCGUCCUCUUGCAGGAGAACUCGGGACUCUCCGCUGGAGGCCGCUGCUGCAUAAACGGCGCCUCGACGGUCGUGACGGCCAUCUUCGGCGGCAUCCUCCAGAACGAAGUCAACUGCUUGAUAUGCGGGACCGAAUCCAGGAAGUUCGACCCAUUCCUAGACCUUUCGCUAGAUAUUCCAAGCCAAUUUAGAAAUAAACGUAGCAAGAACCAAGAAAAUGGACCAACGUGUACAUUACGAGAUUGCCUCCGCAGCUUCACGGACCUGGAAGAACUUGACGAGACGGAGCUCUACAUGUGCCACAAGUGCAAGAAGAAGCAGAAGUCCACCAAGAAGUUCUGGAUCCAGAAACUCCCGAAGGUGCUGUGCUUGCACCUGAAGCGCUUCCACUGGACCGCCUACCUGAGGAACAAGGUGGACACCUACGUGGAGUUCCCCCUGCGAGGCCUGGACAUGAAGUGCUUCCUGCUGGAGCCCGAAAACAGCCGACCAGAAAACUGCCUCUACGACCUGGCGGCCGUGGUGGUGCAUCACGGUUCGGGGGUGGGCUCCGGCCACUACACGGCGUACGCGGCGCACGAGGGGCGCUGGUUCCACUUCAACGACAGCACGGUGACGCUGACGGACGAGGAGACGGUGCUGCGGGCCAAGGCCUACAUCCUCUUCUACGUGGAGCGCAGGCGGGCACAACAGCAGCAGCAGCAGCAGCAGGCGGCCAGGGCCGGCCCAGAGAAACUUUAACCACAGUAACAAUACCUCCCCCUCCUCCCCCUCCUCCCCCUCCUCCUCCUCCUCUGGACACAAACAUUUCCAGUCGUCCGCAGAUACUUGAUCCGAGACUCUGGUUUCACUCAUUGUGCACUUUUCAGAUUGUGUUUUCUUCCUCCUCCUCCUCUUCCUUUUGGGUAGUUUUCUUUUGCCGGUAGAAGCAUUUGGGUUGGUUAUAUAAAAAAAUGGACACUUGGAGAAAAAGAAAGAAAGAAAGAAAAAGAGCAAGGAAGGGAGGAGGGAAGGAUGGGGACACCUCGGCCGUUGUUGUCAUUGCUGAUUUGCUGCUUCGCCUUGGGUUUUUUAUAGGCCUGUUUCGCUCUUUCCGUGGUUUGACUUUUGUAUUCCGGUGUUGUUCUCGUUUUGGCUUUUUUAAAGGCACAUUUGUAUCAGAGAAACUGGAAUCCUUCUCAUUCCGCAGCGGGGUCUCCAUCCCGCUCCCGCGGCUUUAAUGCCAGCGGUUUGUUGGCUUUGCAUUUGUGGACGAGGCUCCUCCGAGCGGAGGCCGUGGCUGCCUUCAGCAGGAAUGAGCCGUAAGAGAAGGGCCUUGAAACGUCCCGACUGAUGUUCACGUCACGCCCGUCCUUUUCAUUCCAUUCACUUGUUACGACACCAUCGCGUGCCAUUUCAGCCCCACGGCCACCAGCAAAAAUACGAAUGAUAAAUACACACAAAUGUCUAUACUAGACAAUGUCGAAGAGAUAAGCAAACACUAUAAAGGUUCAAAGCAUAAAAAGAGAUGUGUAUAUUAGAGCAUCAUGCAAAGGCCACAGAAAUAGUCAGGCCUCUCUGAGUAUAGAGCUAUCUUCUUUCUAUGUCAAAAAGAUAAGCAAAUGGAAUUAAUUAUAUAUACGUUUUUAAGGUGUUUAUAAUGUGUUUUAACAAUGUUAUUAAUGCAUCUAUAUGUAUUGUUUUGCUUUUAUGAUUGCAGUUUUGGGCAUUAAAUUUUGCCAAUUUUUGUAAGCUGCCCUGAGUCCCCUCGGGUGAGAAGGGCGGGGUAUAAAUGUUGUAAAUAAAUAAAUAAAUACUAUGAAGGUUCAAAACAUAAAAUGCACUAUGUAAUUUAGAGCAUCAUGUACAUACAAUAUUACCUGAGAGUUAACAACAAUAAUGAAAAUAAUAAGUAACUCUCAGGUAAUAUUGUAUGUACAUGAUGCUCUAAAUUACAUAGUGCAACUUAUGUUUUGAACCUUCAUAGUAUUUGCUUAUCUUUUUGACAUAGAAAGAAGAUAGCUCUAUACUCAGAGAGGCCUGACUAUUUCUGUGGCCUUUGCAUGAUGCUCUAAUAUACACAUCUCUUUUUAUGUUUUGAACCUUUAUAGUGUUUGCUUAUCUCUUUGACAUUGACCAGCAAAAAUGUACCUGCUGUUCUAAGAUUUCUCCAUUUCUGGAGCUGUUUCUCUGGGGAAAAGCGCAACUUAGAUCGGAGGAGAUGCGGCCGUGCCCACCCUUCCUUCCCUUCAUCUUUUCUUCAUACGCGCUCUUUUCUCUCCCAAAUCAGCCCCAUAGAAAUCACUGAGGCGGAGGGUUGGGAGGCGAUGUGAAUGUGCCUUUCUUGAGAAGUGGCUGCGAAGGGACUCUGUUCCCACGUCACAGCCGUGGUCCGUGUGUCAAGGCCCCUCCCUCCCUCCUCGCUGCUUCUUUGGGCAGAAGGAGGAGUUCGUUUCUCCUCUUGGUUGGAGGUUGGCUUUUGGGUGGUGUUAUUGUUAUCAUCCACUGGAUUCUGCCCAGUGUGUUGUGUCGAGGCAAAUCAGUGUUGGGCUCCAGGCCCUUGUUUGUGGCGCUGGCGAUGGGAGAAACCUGCCAGGUGUGGGUUAAUGCCUCCAAAUGCGUAGCCCUCUUCCCACGAGUCCCGUCUUCCCGCAGCAACGAGGACCAGACGAAGCCGCAAAGGUAAGACAGGCACCGGUGGAGCCGGCUCCUUCACUCCCUCCUUUCCUUCCUUCCUUCCCUCCUUCCUUCUCUGUCUCACGGUGGCUCCUUCGGCCUCUCCGGUCCUCGGCUGCCAUCACGCUGGGAUUGUCUGUUUACCACUCAAAUCUGGUUGCGAGAGCCUUUGCCGGUUGUGGGGAGAGCCUGCGAUUAAAAUCCUCCCUUUCUCUCUC